AUGAUUUGUCUGAACAGAGCUGAUUUGAUAAAAGUUUACGAUGGUGGAAGUUCAGAAUAUCCAGUGAUAAGAUCAUUGUGCAAUGAAAUAUCACAAGUUGAAAUAUUAUCGACGGGACCCGAUUUGUACAUUGAAUUCGUUGCAAAUUCCGAGUGGCCCGGACAAGGAUUCAAAGCGAAUUAUCAUUUUCAAAAUUUAGAUGGAAUCCAUAUUAACGGCAAGUAUACCAAUGCAAUUUAUACGUUAACAAUUAUGACGUCACCAAUCAUGACGUCAUCGAGAAAAAAAAUACGUAUAAUUUUUUAA